UGGCAGACAUCUCUUUUCUUCCCUAGGCGAAUGUUUCAAACUUACUACGUUUUUCCACAUCCUGUGUAGGCUAGAUGUCGUUUUUUUAUCGCUGUGUCUCUUGCUUAUAAAUAGUCCUCAUUAUAAAACCUUUCAGUAUGUUUCCCCCUCUGAAUGUUAGAGCUUUCAGUGGGCUGUGUGUCCUCAGCGCCUUGUUUCUGUCUGUAUCGGCGGAGAAAGUGUUCGAGAGCCGCUCCGGGAGGAUCCAGGAGCUCCGGGCAGCGCUGGCUGACCUGGCCGGGGAAGGAAGGGCUUACCUGGGCAGGCUGGCCGAGCAGCAGACGGUGCUGUCGGUCCAAAAGGCUUUCUCUCAGGUCUUGAUGGUUGUAGCAGAAAAUGUGUCCGGGGCUCUGAACGUUCUCCUACAGUACGUCUCACACUUCCUGCAGGCUGCUGGAAUCCAAGGUGGUUUUCCUAUAGGCAAAGUGACCCCAGAGGGGCUGAUCUUUGUUGCCCAGUGGGUACUAGUGGCUCUCAUUGGCUACUGGCUGAUCUCCCUCAUCUUCCGAUUGGUUGCCUCCACUCUGAGGCGGGCUCUGUGGCUGCUGAAGGUGGGGGUGGCUUUGGUCUGUUUCGGACUCAUCCUUAGCGACCACAGUGUGGGGACAGACACCAUGGUGGUGCGAUUAGCAGUCCUGGUGUGCGUCUGCGUGCUGCUGGGCGUCGGGACGUCCAGGAGCUCUAAUGCAGCUGAUAAAACAGCUCACCUAGAGAAGCAGGUGAUGAUCCUGGAGAGACGACUAAGAGAGAUGGAGAGGUGGAAGAGGACGGAUGAAUGAAAGGGGAUAAGAGAAGUCAAAUAUUUGUUGCCUUCACUGUCUUUCUUUCCUGAUUCCACAUGUACAGAUGGUGGAGCACUGGUGUUCCUUUCUGGGCUUCAGGAAGACCAAGGGAGAAGCAUUUCUAUUGUUUAGAAAUAAUGAAUUAUUCAUGAUUUCUUACUGACCAAAUGACCAUUCAUUCCAAGGAGCAGUGAUUUGUAGACAUGUUUGUCUACAUGUUUUUUUUUACUCUCUCUCAUUAAAACAGCAAGUUUCUAAGAAUGUGCCUCAGUAUGAAGUAUAACGUUUUUACGUCCUGUGUUCUAACCAUCCUUUUAAUACAUUUAAAAAACUUUACUGGAAAUUCUCAUUACUGUGUCAAAAAAAGCACA